AUGGAAGACGUUCCAGUAUUUAGGGCUGUGAAGCGUAGGAAAUUUAUACGGCCUCAAGACUCCUCUGCAGAAUCCCCCAACGCAGCUUCUUCUAAGACGAAUGAUGCGGUGACGAGUGGUGGGCUUGAGACCUCGGAUGAUGAUGAUGAUGGCGACGAAGGUGGAAUUUCGAGCCUAUUACGCGCAAGGAAGCACAUUCGGAAGGCUGUGACUGGUGUCAAAUUCUCAAACACGAAAUUCAUGCAUGGAGCAGAUGAAACAACUGGCAUGGAAGUUGUCAAAUCGGAUCAGAAUGUCGACAAACCCAUCGACAUCACCAACCGCUUUGUAGGAAGCACCGGGCAGGUUGUUAAUGUCGAUCAACAUAUGGUUGCAUUCAUAGACUCCGAAAUGGCUAGGAGACGAAGUCAUCUCGCCACUCCUUCAAAUGUUUCCUCGAGAAACCUGGAAGAAGACACGGAUCAAGACUCUCCAUCUUCCAACGAGCCGGGGCCGCCAAUUCAGAAAACAUCAAGUACCAAUCCCACCACCACACGCCAACUGGCCGAAGUCGAUCUGGGAGAUUCUGUGCACGAUACUAACCUGGCCCGCACGCGAGCUGCACUCGAACGUGUCCAGGCCGGUCGAGCUCCAGUCGAGGAAGUGGACAAACCACUGAAGCCUCGCAAACCACGUCUGGGACGGGACGGUAAACCCAUGAGGCCGCGACCGAGGAAGCGAAGGAACAGCGAAGACAUUGCACGGGACGCACUUAUAGAGCAAUUUCUUCAUGAGAACAAAAUUGAUCUGUACGACACCAACUCUUCGGGACUGACAAGCGGACGGACAGCGGUUGGCGAAGCGGCUGAAGAGGGCGACACGGACGACCGCUUCGCAGAACAAUUCCGGCAGGAGUUCAUGGAUGCGAUGUCAGAGAGGAGGAACAGAAAACAUCAUUCCAACCAACCAAAGAACCAACCAAAGACGACAGGCGUCACGGAAUCAAGAGGUCCAAAGUUAGGAGGGAGCCGAAGUGCAAGAGCAAAGAUGAUGCAAUGGCAACAACAGCAACAGCAAGGGCAAGCAGGGACGAAGAAGUGA